AGGACGGGCCCAGGUUUGGAUCAUGUAAUCCCUAGAGGCCACUCUGCUCUCAUCCUUAAACUCGUCAGCUACUUCAACAUACUACUAGCUACACCGUACUAUUCACAAUCAUCUGAACGCUCCAUCCGCCCCAGCCUUGACGACGAUCUCCCCGCAUUGGAUAGUCGUGACAACAUGUCGACCGACCUCGCGAGGCACCAAUCCGCGACCUCGCAAUCAACCACAGCCUCGACCUCUUCGUCAUCACUGCUAGACCCGCCCAACCCAUCUUUGCAACCCACCCAACCUCCAGGAUCGAUUCUCUUGAACCGAAACGAUCCUUCUUGCCUACCCGCGUCGCAAUUGGCGGCACUGAAUGGCAGUAAUGGCAAUCGAUCUAGGGUGGCCAGCGCCAUCAAGAGCUCGUUCUCCAUCAAGGAUGUCCCGUCGAGCAACGUCCGUCAACCCGGUCCACCAGCAGCGACCUUCAACCGUCGAUCACGUGGGAGUUCUGUCGGUGCCGCUGCUUCAUCCGCAUCUUCAUCCUCCUCGAUAUCUGGCCUACAUCGCUCAAGCUCGACCCGAUCACCUCUCGUCUCGUUCGCUCCCCUCCCACACGUUCCUCAGCUGGAGCGACGCCGUUCGAUCACUCUCGGAGUCGCCGCGCGAAGUAACAUGCUCAAGACUCAGGGAGGUCCCGCGGGUAGGCUCGGUGGAGGAGGUUCCGGACCUAGCGGUGGGGGUGCGGGAGGGAAGGGCAAGGGACAGGUGUUGAUGAUGACGGAUGAAGAGUGGGAAGAGUACAAGAGAAACAUUCAGCAGCGAAACCAAACCGAAGAACCCCCAGAGAUCCACCAUCUAGUAAAAAAGGGGACCAAGAAGCUGUGGAAAAAGGCUCGAAGGAUGUCUUCCUCUUCGAACGCCUCGUCGAGUUCUUCCCGCGCAUCAGGAUCAGGAGCGGGUCUAUCGCCAGCUAGUCCUGGAGCUGGAUUGCCUGUUACCUCGAGCUCGAAUGCGGCGGCGUCGAAUAUGGCUUCUCCUUCUUCCUCCUCAACAAGCCAGGCGGUCCCUAUUCGAGCAGUGGCACACACAGACGGCAACCUCAGCGUACCAGACUCGAACGUCUCGGGUACAAGCCCGAGCGGACGGAAUAGGAACGGGUUGAUCUCCCGUAUGAAAUUCGAUCCUCCCAGCUCUGAACUCGGUCAGACAGACACUGGCCUAGGUAUGACCAUGCCCUUACAAGAUGCACCGGAUCAAGCCAUGGGUGACGAGGAUGAGGAGUACGACGACGACAUGUCCGUUUCGAGCGACGUGUUUGGAAGCAGCUUGAGCGACAGCAUCAUCCUUGAAGAGCCCGAGGAAGAGAUGGAAGAGGAGGAGGAGGAGGAUGGCGAGAUGGAGGUAGAUGAUGAUGAUACCGACGAAGACGACGUUGCUUCGUCUUACAUCUCUUCUUCGUCCACAUCAUCAUCUAUCCCGGCUGCUAUGCGCCGACAAGAGACCCCCGGAGAACGGCGCGAGCGACAUCGACAGGAAGAAGAGGAGGAGAUGCGGGACCAGGGCAAGAUUCCGGAAUACCUACGGAAGGACAGUGCGGUCGAGCAGUAUCGAUAUCAACACGUCCACGAUCUGGUAGCCGAAGGAGCCGCUACGCCAAAGGAACGGAGAGAGGGGUUGAGCCAUGCCGGGUUGACGGAUCGGUUAAGCCAACUGCAGAUGGGUGGGAGGAAUGAGCGGAGCAGAGAACUCGGGGGUAGAGGGGAUGGUGAUGAGACGCCAAGGGGGCGGACGAGCCCAAGACGAGAACACGCGUCGUUACCUGCAGCGAUCUGAAGCUAAGGGGUGCCGCAUCAAGAUCCUCAUGUUGUCAACACUGCUUAUAAACAUGCUUGAUUCGAUGACUAUACACAGACGAUACAUGUAAUCAAGCAUGUGAGACUAUGAAGAAGCUGCUCUCAUCCGGUGCCACCGGAGCGUCCCGACCUCAGCGAGCUCGUCCUGGGCGAUCCAGGCUGGGGCAUUCCGAGUGGUCCGGCGAAAGGGU